CACCUCACUUCUUCGUGACAGCUGCUUGCUCCUUCCAAUCCUUCUUAUCGUUCAACUUUGCCACCGGUGCUCUGCAGUAACUCGACGCGUCUGCGCACAUUCACCAAGCAUUUCUAUCACCUGACGCGAUUUGCAACCCACUGUCGGUCAUACGGUUACCUCCGUUACAUAUAAAACGUAGUUCCCCGCCGCUCAACGACCUCCCUCUCCACUUCCACCGCCUUCGAACGCCCACUGACGCGAGAAAUAGCCUUGCGCCGCUGCAAUCCCACCAACUAACGCACACUCGCACCUCGACCAGUCCACACCACACCCACGCACGACUAUCAUGUCUGACAACGGUUCGCCCGCACAGAAGCCUGAGGAUGCCGGUCCCUCUGAGCACUUGAACAUCAAGGUCACCGACAACAACAACGAGGUCUUCUUCAAGAUCAAGCGCACAACCCAGCUUGGCAAGCUCAUGAACGCCUUCUGCGACCGUCAGGGCAAGAACAUUUCCAGCGUGCGAUUCCUGUUCGAGGGUACGCGUGUUGGGCCUACCGACAACCCGGACACUCUCGACAUGCAGGACGGCGACACUCUUGAGGUGCACCAGGAGCAGAUUGGCGGCAGCUGGUAGUCGUUGACAGCAUUCACGCAAGUCAGUGUGCACCGCACCACCGCAUCUGCAGCCACUCACUUUUCCCGCCUGCCUGCUCGAUAUCACACAUGACCCAUAUGGCUUGAAGACCUCAGUGAAGAUCUAUGCUUUUAGCGCCGGCGAAGGUGGUACAAAGAUGGCUUCUCAGUUAUGACCUGGACGAUUCGGAAUUUGGCGUUAUGGAACCAUUGGGCUCGCAUGAAGCGACGCCGACCGUGCUUGCAUAUAGUCUUCAACAAACGUCAUAUGCCGCGAUAUCGAUCUACUUGCGUUCGACUUCACUUCCCUCUGUG